AGCGGAAGUCACGUGACUCAAAGUGAAACCGAAAGCGACCCGAAGACUGGAUCGACGCCAUUUUAGAUGAGUCGAGAUCAACGAUGUCUUCGCAUGUUACGGCCUGAAAUCAAGUUUCUUAUCUAGGAAGAAGAGAAGCAGAAGAACAGCAUGUAAAAUGAGUGUGUAUGAGGAGAGAAAUCAGGAGGCUCCUGUUGACACUCAGAGAGCAGCGUCUCCAGGAUUCAGCUGUGUAUCUAUGAAGAGUAACAACUCCAUGUUUGAGCCCCCUAAUCUCAGUGAUGUUGACGCUCAGAGAGCAGCAUCUCCAGGAUUCAGCUGUGUGUCUAUGAAGAGUAACAACUCCAUGUUUGAGCCCCCUAAUCUCAGUGAUGUUGACGCUCAGAGAGCAGCAUCUCCAGGAUUCAGCUGUGUGUCUAUGAAGAGUAACAACUCCAUGUUUGAGCCCCCUAAUCUCAGUGAUGUUGACGCUCAGAGAGCAGCAUCUCCAGGAUUCAGCUGUGUGUCUAUGAAGAGUAACAACUCCAUGUUUGAGCCCCCUAAUCUCAGUGAUGUUGACGCUCAGAGAGCAGCAUCUCCAGGAUUCAGCUGUGUGUCUAUGAAGAGUAACAACUCCAUGUUUGAGCCCCCUAAUCUCAGUGAUGUUGACGCUCAGAGAGCAGCAUCUCCAGGAUACAGCGGUGUGUCUAUGAAGAGUAACAACUCCAUGUUUGAGCCCCCUAAUCUCAGUGAUGUUGACGCUCAGAGAGCAGCAUCUCCAGGAUUCAGCUGUGUGUCUAUGAAGAGUAACAACUCCAUGUUUGAGCCCCCUAAUCUCAGUGAUGUUGACGCUCAGAGAGCAGCAUCUCCAGGAUUCAGCUGUGUGUCUAUGAAGAGUAACAACUCCAUGUUUGAGCCCCCUAAUCUCAGUGAUGUUGACGCUCAGAGAGCAGCAUCUCCAGGAUUCAGCUGUGUGUCUAUGAAGAGUAACAACUCCAUGUUUGAGCCCCCUAAUCUCAGUGAUGUUGACGCUCAGAGAGCAGCAUCUCCAGGAUUCAGCUGUGUGUCUAUGAAGAGUAACAACUCCAUGUUUGAGCCCCCUAAUCUCAGUGAUGGAGCUGCUGUUACCUUUGACCCUGUUAUCAUCAGCAGGAAGAGAAAGAGAGCAGCUUCUCCACUGCAGCCCCCUGAUCUCAGUGAUGGAUCAGUGCCCUUUGAUACUGUUGGUUGGAGCGCUGACCAGAACAGAUAUGUGACCUUUCAGACCUUCACAUCCUCCUACUGUCAGAACCACAUCAAUCAUCAUGACACAGAAGCAGAUCUGCAGCUUUAUUCUCACCGACCAGUGCAUGAUGAUCUGCAGAGAGUCAAAGACCAGCACAAAACCAGCAUGAAGAACAAGUAUGAGAGCGUAUUUGAAGGAGUCAAACUACAAGAGAAUCAAACUCUCCUGAACCAGAUUUACACACAGCUGUACAUCAUCGAGGGAGAGAGUGAAGGAGUGAAUGAAGAACAUGAGGUGCUACAGAUGGAGAAAAGUUACAGGACACUCCAAGACACUCCAAUCAACUGCAAUGACAUCUUUAAUCCUUCACCUGAACCAGGAUAUGAGGAGAAGAGAAGAGAGAAGAAAGACAAAAUAAAGACGCCAAUCAGCUGA